AUUUGGGCCCAGUAACCCGACCCGACCGGAGAUGAUCUUUAAUUUCGUUUCAGGUGAGAAAAUGGUUUACUCAGGAGCAACUAUCAAUCGAAUCAGACAUUGACGAGGAGCUUUGGUCGUAAUCCGAGGAAGAGAUUAAAAUCGGAAAGUGCGAAAAUGCCGGUCAUGGAGAAAUUGAGGAUGUUCGUGGCGCAGGAACCAGUUGUGGCUGCUUCUUGCUUAAUCGGCGGUGUUGGACUAUUUUUGCCUGCGGUUGUGAGGCCUAUUCUAGACUCUCUCGAGGCUUCCAAACAAGUUAAAGCUCCUCCACUUACCGAUGUGAUUGCUGGUGUCACAGGGAAGAAACAGAGUUAAAACAAGCAAUGACUUCCCCUGUUUUCUUACAUUCAGAUGAUCCCUAUUCCUUUUUUGUCUUUUACUCUCUCUAUUCACAAUGAAUAAGCCAGACUCAUUUGUUUGUUAUGAAACUUAAUAUAAAGGCAUGUGUGUACACUCACUUUUGUUCAUCACUUGAUCAGAUGUAUUCAUUUCUUAACAACAAAUGAAAAAAGCUUGAAACUUUUCUUGCC